UAAUUAAAAAAAUCAAAAGAAAAACUAAACUUUGAACACAUGUUAGUCAUACAAAUUCCAUAAAACGGAUAUGUAGAAUUGAGCCGAUAUGUUUCGCCCUCAAGCAAGGAGUCGGGAAAUAGGACAAAUGUACAUUUGAGGAAAGCCGACAGCUUACAAAAACAACAGACACUAUGUCAUCCAACAAAGACGGUUGCUAUCCGGGGAUCCGCGUCCACGAAACUAACGUCCCAGACUGCAGAUUUCCUUUCCUUUGCGCCCCUGUCAAGGAAAAGAAGCGGUCUUGUCGAAAAGGAUGGUUCGGGAGGAAAUGCCCUUUGCCAGACAUCGACAACCAAGAGGUCUCUUGCGUUUACAGACCAUUGUUUAAACUCGGACUGAUUUGGAUUGCGAUCUUGAGGCACCUACUUUUCCCUGUUUCAUGUGGCUCUCCUGUGGUACAUGCCAAAAGUAAGGAUGGAGAAAGUGGUAAAGUCAGAGCAUCUGACCUUCCACUUUAUGCGGAAGAGGAUAAAGUCGUCAAAUGUGCGAACGAUUGUCCGAAGUCAUUAAUCGAAGAGACAAUAUGCUGCUUACGUCAGGAACUUGAAAUCUUAAUCUCUCAAGGGAAAAUAGUCAAAGCCCAAGUUAGUGAUUUUGUCCACACUAGUUCUGCUGUAACUCAGGAUACUAUCAAAUUUCUCCGAAAAGAUGAAAAUUCCGUCCCUAGAUACGGAGCCAUUGCGAUCGGAAGUGCUUCUGGCUACAUCUUAGCACUGAGGAAGGGCAUUUUUAAAAGACUCCUUUACACCACUGCAGGCGGUUCUGCAGUUGCAGCUCUGUGCUACCCAUGUGAAGCGAAACAGUUCGCUGGCGAAGCUGUUGUCCAUGCAAAAAGAUAUUUUGUUAUUGGUUACCAUUUAUUGAAUGGAGAUCAAGUCAAUUAUGAAAAGUUAAACAGAGAUUUAUGUAAUGAGAUCGAGGAGAAACAUUUGGCUCUAGCCGACUGUCACAAAAAGGAAGGGAAAAAAGGAUCUUCUAGUUCGAAAUCUGAUAAUAAAUUCAGCCACGAUAGCCAAUGUGACAAUCAGGAUCCUUCACAACCACCCAGCGAACCUCCACCACCACCACCGCCCAAAGACCAACCUCCACCUCCACCACCAUGUAAUCUACCUCCACCUCCACCAUCCUCUGAUCCUUCAUGUAUUCCUCCGCCUUGUCCCCCGGGAUAUACUUUGUCUACAAAUCCGGUCUCAAGUCCAGAACAACAAUCCGAAAACUGGUGCCCUGUUCAUGGACGUUACGGAUAAAAGAUUUCUUGCUUGAUAAAGAAACUUGUCAAGAGUCAGGAUUGAAAUAAAUGUUCUGUUAGUAUGAAUGAACAAAUGUGAUUGCUCUUUCAGAACACAUACAAAUUUCCGUUUUGUCGAAUUACAAUAAACAUAUAAAGCGAUAAAA